CUUCCCUCGGGUCUGCCUGGAGAAGGGGGUUCCGCGCGGUGAGUUCUGAGCCUGUACCUUCUUGGAGACCCUUGUGCUUGGGACCGCGUUGGAGCACUGAUAACCUCCUCCGCCGGGUGAGGGAGGACGGAAGACUGUGGAGGACCUCAUCACUGGGUGGACUCUGCCCCCGCAGGAGAAUGACUCAGGAGGAGGCUGGGCGGCUGCCCCAAGUACUGGCCCGGGUCGGAACCUCCCACGGUAUCACCGACCUGGCCUGCAAGCUCCGCUUCUAUGACGACUGGGCUCCGGAGUAUGACCAGGAUGUGGCUGCUUUGAAGUACCGAGCCCCACGCCUUGCUGUGGAUUGUCUCAGUCGAGCCUUUCGGGGCUCACCCCAUGAUGCCCUGAUCCUCGAUGUGGCCUGUGGCACUGGCCUGGUAGCUGUGGAGCUGCAGGCUCGGGGCUUCCUCCAGGUGCAGGGCGUGGAUGGAAGCCCAGAAAUGCUGAAGCAGGCGCGGGCACGUGGCCUGUACCACCACCUUAGCCUCUGUACCCUGGGCCAGGAGCCACUGCCCGACCCUGAAGGGACCUUUGACGCGGUGAUCAUUGUGGGUGCCCUCAGUGAGGGACAGGUGCCCUGCAGUGCCAUACCUGAGCUCUUAAGAGUCACCAAGCCAGGUGGACUUGUUUGUCUGACUACCAGGACCAACCCAUCCAACCUUCCAUACAAGGAGACGCUGGAAGCGACCUUAGACUCCCUGGAGCGGGCUGGAGUGUGGGAAUGCCUGGUGACCCAGCCUGUGGACCACUGGGAGCUAGCAACAUCAGAACAAGAGACAGGGCUAGGCACCUGUGCCAAUGAUGGCUUCAUCUCUGGCAUCAUCUACCUUUACCGGAAGCAGGAGACAGUAUAGGGUGAGAGAGGGAGGUUCAGUAUCACACCCCUAGUUGACCACUGAUCCUCUGUGUAUGGUCUCAGCCCAGUGUGUUUUCUUGGCCUUCCCUGCUCUGUCUGUAAAAUGGGUCCACCUUCCUAGCCACGCCCGUUAGGAGUACUCUGCUAGGUAUAGCCCAAAGGGACUGAAAAGACUCCUCUACUUUCUUUGGACCCAGGGCUCGAGUGAUCACCAACAGUGCUUGCUCUGCAAAUUGUGAGAAACCAAGCGGCUGUCUUCAGCAUCCACAUACAAAUCACAGGUUUCCAACAUGCCUGUGUGUAAUACCACCAUUGAGGUGGGAGAUGGGUGGGUCACUCAGCAGGUAGCCGACCAAAACAGGCAUCUUUGCACUCAGUGAGGCAUCCUGUCUUAAAGAGAUAAGGCAGACCGAUGGAGAGUGACAGAGAGGACGACCCCCAGCCCCUUGCCUGCACAUGUGCGAGCGCAUCCUUACACUCAGGUGCACGAGCCACACAGAUACCAGAUACAGAAAAAAAAUAAAAAUACAACAACACAGAGACCAGUGUGUACUGUAACACAGCCAAGCACCAUCCCAUCCCCAUUUUGCAAAAGAUGUUGAAUUAGGACCAGCAAGAUGGCUCAGCAGAUAAAGCCACACUUAACCACCUACCUGAUAACCUGAGUUGGAUCCUCAGGAGCCACGUGGUAAAUGGAGAGAAAUGACCCCUACAAGUUGUCCUUUGCUGUCUACAUAGCAUAAAGCACACAAACACACACACACAGAGGCAUAGGAGGUAAGUAAAUGAACUAAAUAAGGGUGUCAAACACACACUAAACAAGAGCAAUGGUGAUGAAUGCUUUUACUCCUCCGAGCUCUCAGGAGGCAGAGGCUGGUGGAUCUCUGAGCUCACAGGUUUGGCCAGCCUGGCAAGAUGGCUCUCUGGGAAGACUUGAGUUCGGUCUCCAGAAUGCACAUGACAGGCGAGAACCAGCUCCAGCAAGUUGUACUCAGACGGCCACGAAACACAGGCACGCAUGCACACAGCAACAAUAGAAAGUAAAGAGACAUAAAAAUAAAUUCUAACGACAAAGAAAUGGGGUGAUCUGAUUUAUGGGAGAAUGGGAGAAGCAUAUUCAUAAAAUUGUGGUUUAGCCUGAUCUGAGAUCUUAGCCUGGGGCCCCCGCGAUACCAAACUAACAUUUCCGGCACUCUGGUGUGUCCAAGAACCUGGCUCCAACCAGUCUGAACUAGGCAAGGCAAUAUCCAAACCCACACAGAAGGAAGCAAAGUAAACAACUGUGAACCAUCCAACAUCUGGUCCCAUCCAGUCCCCUCCCCCUCCCCCAUCAGAGAUGUUAUCUGUUGUUAAGCUAACAGGUGGGUAGACUGGGUUUUUCUGAGUCACGAGGGAAGCUAGGGCAAAGAGAUAGGUCAUUUAGACCUGCCCAGAACAAAGAGCUAGACCUAGGUUGGCCUGGUGGUACAAGCCCAGCGCCCCAGCCUCCCGAGAAGCCGAGGCAGGAAGAUAGGAAGUCCAAGGCCUGCCUGGGAUGCAGGGUAAAACCCAGGCCAGCCUGAACCAUUUGCCACACUCCAUUUCAAAAAGUGAGACAAGAUCUAGAGAGGCCGGAGAAACGGCUUUGAGGUUCAGAGCACUGACUGCUCUUCUGGACGACCCAGGUUCACUUCCCAGCAACCAUAUGGCGGCUCACAGCUUUCUGUAAUUCCAUUUCCAGGGGACCUGACAAAACACCAAUGUGUGUAAAAUAAAACUAAUUAAAUAAAUAAAUAAUUUGAAAGAUCUAGAGAUGUAGAGCACUUUGGGAUCCCCCAGUGAGGGGCUGAGGGUAUGUGUUAGCGGUAGUACGGAAGCCCUGCCAAGAAGCCCUGGAGUCCAUCCCUAGCACAGGGGCUAAAAAUAGAUUAACAAUAAUAAAAAAAAAAGUUUGAUUUUCUUCA